AUGCAAAAAGUACAACCGCCAAAGUUUACCUUACUUAGCUAUGCCAAGAUGAUAUUGCAUGCUUAUAAGUACCCUCAUCGAGCAGUUGUCGGUUUACUUAUUGGCAAGAGCAAAAAUAGUAACGAAAUCAUUUGCACAGAUUCUUUACCCGUAUUACACGAAAGUGCUUCAUUAAGUAUGGCUUUAGAAGCAGCUUUAAUAUUUACUGACAAUUACUGCAGCAAGCAUGAUAGUACUAUCGCAGGAUUGUAUUUUUGUAAUGAAUCUAUUUCGGAUAGCAAUCUUGAUCAGUUUGCAGUGCGAAUAGCAGAAAAAAUUGUCUCAAAUUAUCCAAAUGCAUUUCUUGUUCAAAUUGACAAUUCUCUGCUAGGCAUAGAAUCAUUAGAACCGGCUAUUCGAGUUUAUGUGCUGGACAACAAAUCUUGGAAAACAAAAAAAUUCACAGUACUAAACGAAGAAUCAGUGCUAUCUACAGUUUCUAACGCUGUCCAGACAAAAUUAUAUUUGGAAAUAAUGGAUUUUGAGAAUCAUUUAGAUAAUCCUUCUAAUGAUUACUGGAACACAGCUUUAAAUAAAAAGAUCGAACGUUUGUCACGUGGAAGUACAAUUCGUUGA